UCACUCUCUUCCUUUGUCUCUUUCACUCUCUCUUUCCUAAAAAUCUCUGCUUUGCUCUGUUUCUCCCCCCAACCCUUAUUCCUUCUCCGUUGACAUCCUCCUCCUCGUCUGAGAGGAGCGGUUAAGGAACUCCGGCGUGGUGGGUGCAGAUCUUGGAAGAUUUUGGUGCAGAAAAACGCCAUGGCAGGCUGCAAGGAGGAGAUGAGGAUGGAGGGUUACUCGGUGGUUUGUCCUAAGCCUCGCCGGUUGGAUAUGGGCCUCUUUGAUCCCUCCUCUUUUAACGAUCACCAUUUCAGACCACCCUCCUCCUUCAGAUGGCCCAUCAAUCAUCAAAGAGAGACCGGAGAUUCAAGAGCAGGAACAGAGCUUUUGGAUAUCAUUCUCACUAAGGGAAAUUCUGCGGAGAGAUCCUGUAACCAAGUAGCUUCUUCGCCACCAUUUUUCUGUGGAUCUCCACCAAGCAGGGCUUCUAACCCUGUAAUCCAAGAUGCCCAGUUUUUCAAUGAGAAUGCCACCACCCCUUUUCCGCCUCCGGCGGCGGCUGCACCACCCUCGCCCUCCGCCCGUAAAGGCCGAGGAUGCGUCCGAAUGAACUUCGGGCACAAACCCGCCACGGUUCGGGUCGAGGGCUUCGAUUGCCUCGGCACAGAUAGGAGAAACUGUAGCAUAUCUGCUGUGGCUUAACCAAAGAGUUGAAAGAGCAGAGGAGGUUGAUGUGUAAUGGUGGGGGGAUGUUUUCUUGUUCUUAUUAAUUUUGUGUUAUAAUUCUCAAGGAAUUAUAAUUUAUAAUGUAAAUUAUGGUUGAUGGGAAGAGAUGUUUAAUUUUGAAAAAUAAAUUAGAGAAAGAGCAAAAGUCUUUUCUCUUGCUUUUAAGGGUUUUUUUUUUCUUGAGAAAGGGUUUGAGACUUGUGGGAAGUUUCUUAUUGAGUCUGUAAUUUUUGUCUGUUGUCGUUACACUCUCUCUAAUCCUCUCUGUAAAUUGUAAGGAUGGAGGAAUGUGGAUGGAAGACUUCUUCGGAGUUUCGUUUGUAUUUUUCUUCUUGCUUGCGUGGACUGCCUAUUGUUAAUUCUGUACAGUAAAGGCACGUGGUUUGAAAAUUCAGCCUUAAAGCUGUAAAUAAAUAAAUAAAUAAACAAUUCCUGCUA